UGUCUAAUGUGGGCUUAUCAAAUUCUAUGCAUUCAGUUGUUAUUUUUGUGUUCUCAAAGUUCUGCAACACUCUGCUCUCAUGGCCAGAGUUAUGCAUUGCUCCAAUUUAAACAACACUUUUCCUUCAUCAAUACUUCUUCCUCUGAUUGUGAUUAUCUUCAACCCUCUUAUCCAAAAAUGAUGUCUUGGAAAAAGGAUAAGGAUUGCUGCUUAUGGGAUGGUGUCACAUGUGAUUAUUUAACAGGCCAUGUGAUUGAUCUCGACCUUAGUUGUGCUUGGCUUCUUGGAAGUUUUCCUUCAAACACUAGUCUUUUCCUUCUUAAUCAUUUGCAAAGGCUAAACUUGGCUUUUAAUGAUUUCAAUCUUUCUCAUAUUUCUUCUUAUUUUCAUCGUUUGUCUAGUUUGACACAUCUUAAUCUCUCACACUCAAACUUUUCUGGUCAAAUUCCUUUUGAAAUCGCCCACUUGUCUAAAUUGAUAGUUCUUGAUUUUUCUCAAAAUAACUUGGAUGAACUUUCAAUUGAAACAAAUACUUUAAAGGGGUUAGUUCAAAAUUUGACCGAAUUAGCAGAACUUCAUCUUGAUUUUGUUAACAUGUCUACUGUUGUACCAAGUUCCUUCAUGAAUUUAUCUUCUUCUUUAUCUUUUUUGAGUCUCUAUUAUUGUGAUUUGCAAGGAAACUUUCCAAGUAGCAUCUUCCACCUACCAAGUUUAAAAACCCUCCAUUUAUCAUAUAAUCACAAUUUGACAAUUGUUUUCCCAAAGGCUAACUGGAGUAGUCCCCUCGAGUUUUUGGAUGUGUCUUCCACGGCUUUUUCUGGAGAAUUACCAAGUUCUCUUGGAAAUCUCAAGUACUUGACACAUUUUGUUGCCUCAAACUGUAGUCUUAAUGGGUUAGUACCUAUUUCACUUGGAAACCUCUCAAAUUUAGUUCAUAUUUCUUUAUAUUAUAACUCUUUCAAUGGGUCUCUGCCAUCCUGGUUAUUCACUCUACCUUCGUUACGAUUUGUAGACUUGGGUUUUAACCAACUAACAGGUACUAUAAAUGAUUUUCAUAGUAAAUCAUUGGAAAGUCUCUAUUUAGAUAGCAAUCGAUUGUACGGACCAGUUCCAAGUUCAAUAUUUGAACUUGUUAAUUUAACUACUCUCUUUCUUUCUUUAGACAAUUCAAGUGCCAUCGAUCUUUACUUGUUUUCAAAGCUUGAGAAACUUAAAAUGCUUGAUGUUUCUCAUGUCAACCUAUCUUUGAGCAACCCAUUCAAAGGAAACUCCUCAUUUCCUCAACUCACCUUUUUGAGAUUAUCUGCUUGUAACUUGAGUGAAUUUCCCGAUAUUUUAAGGAAAUCAGACCAAUUGUAUUGGCUAGACCUUUCAAAAAAUAAAAUCCAUGGUCGAAUUCCUAAGUGGAUGUGGAACAUUGGAAAGGAAAGUUUGUACCACUUAAAUCUUUCCCACAACUUUCUUACAACUAUAGAUCACCUUCCAUGGAAAAAUCUGAAAUAUCUAGACCUUCAUUCCAACUUCAUUCAAGCACCUUUUCCAGUUGUACCACUUAAUUACUUGAUGUUUCUUUCAUUGUCACACAACAAUUUGACAAGAGAGAUUCCUCAGUUUUGCAAUAUGAGUAUAUUAAAAGUUGUAGAUAUUUCAAAUAAUAACUUGAAUGGUACAAUUCCCAAAUGCAUGGUAAACUCCAGCAGUCUUCAAGUCUUGGAUGUCCGAAAAAAUAGACUACAUGGCAACAUUCCUAAAGCAUUUGCACCGGGCAAUUAUUUGAGGUCACUUUACUUCCACGGUAAUAGACUUGAAGGGCCAAUCCCACAAAGUUUGGUUAAUUGUAUGAGGCUUGAAGUUUUAGAUCUUGGAAACAACAACAUAAAUGAUAGAUUUCCCUACUGGUUGGGAGAUCUUCCCAAGUUACAGGUUCUUAUUCUUCGUUCCAACAACUUCUAUGGUUCUUUCGAAUUUAAUGGUAGUUUCCCAAUGCUGAGAAUGUUAGAUCUCUCACACAACAAUUUUGAUGGCUAUUUGUCAGCAAGGUUUUUUGAAAAUCUAAAAGCUAUGAUAAAUCUUGAUGAAGAAAAAAAGAAAUUGAAUUAUAUGGGUUCUACAAUUUAUCGAGAUUCCGUGGAGAUGGUAGUUAAAGGUAUUGAAAUCCAACUGGAGAAAAUUCCUACUACUUCUACUAACAUUGAUUUUUCAAACAAUAACUUUCAUGGAGAAAUUCCAAGCUCAAUUGGAAAACUUCAUUCACUUCGUCUCCUUAAUCUUUCUCACAAUACCCUAACUGGUCACAUUCCAUUGUCAUUGGGAGACUUGAGUGCACUUGAAGCCUUAGAUCUAUCUUCAAACAAGCUUGUUGGAGUGAUUCCCACACAAUUGGUAAGUUUGACCUUUCUUUCAACGUUAAACUUAUCACAAAAUCAACUUGUGGGACCUAUCCCUCAAGGGAACCAAUUUGACACCUUCCAGAAUGAUUCAUAUAUUGGAAACCCAGGAUUGUGUGGAUUUAUGUUGUCAAACAAAUGUAAUAUUGAUGAGGCAGCACAACCUAAAUCAUCAAUAUUCGAUGGUGAAAAGCUCAGUAAUUCAGGAUGGUGUGAAUGGAAGGUUGUCAUGAUAGGAUAUGGAUGCGGACUACCCCUUGGCUUAUUUAUAAGAUAUCAAGUGUUCACAACAAGAAAACCACAAUGGCUUCUAAGGAUGAUUAACAGAGAUACCAAAAGAUAUAAGAAGACUAGAAGGCAUCAAUACAAAACUAUGGUACUUGUUUAAGGGUGACUAGGUAAGGUGUGAAGAUCAUUGUCAUAAAGGAUUGCCAAAUUUCAGGAUCCAUUGUUAUUGUAGUAAAAAAUAUAUAUAUAGCAUCAAAUAAUGUAUGUUGUGCAUCAAACAACUUGAACAAAUUUUAAAUUUUCCUUGUACUUGUUUCAAUACGUGGUUAGGAUUUUAUUGAUGUAUACGAACCUUGUGAGGUGAAGAGAUGUAUUCUGUGUA